AAAAUAAUCAAUCGGAAUUGAAUCGGAAUGAAUCGGAAAAUAGAGAAAGAUGUCCAAGACGACCAUCUAAUUCCCCGUAGAUUGAAGAAUAUGGGAAUUACGCACUGUUUAUGCACUAUACAGCCCGUGCACUUUUGAUUUUUCAUCCUCUAUUCCUAAUCGACUGCCCUCUUGGAGUGAAAAACCUUUUUCUGCGGUCUGGUCGUCCUCGCGACUAUUUUCCUUAACUGUUCCCGAAAGUCACCCCCUGUAGAUACACAUGGUAGUACGCUUAACGGAAGUACUUUGUAUGCUCUGACUUGUACGAUGCAGCCGCCGCAGCAUCCUUCCCAUGGGGUCAUUCUGUAAGCUAGCCCCGACGCACUGAGGGAAAUACCGGCUCGAGACAGGCACAGGCUGUCGAGCGGACGAAGGUAGUCUUGCUACGGUUAAGGGCAGGGAAGGAGCCCCCUGACCCGAGUUGAGGAUGUGGUGCCCAGUUGUCGCCCGAUGCCCUGAGGAAGCGGCCGUGGAGGAUCUCCAAGAGUUACGUACCCUUUCACUAAGGAACGCUAUCGAUUUAGUUUAAAGGGACGAGUCCAGGGAAAGGAAAAGAGUUAUCGGCUAUAAGGAUCUCGACCAAUCGGAAUUAUUAGUUCUCGAAUUUGCUUAUUGUCUAUUGACUACUUUAAAGCAAUCUGUCUUGGGACCCCGAUCGGGCUGCCUCGCGCUCCCGUGCUAUUUCUUUAUAGGUUAGGUUAGCUGUGUUUUCGUGUGCGACGUAGUAGGCUCUCGCUUGUGUAGUUCUUGCGCAGCUCUCGCUGUAUCCAGAAAAUUCUCUCGAUUUUCUGUGUUUCGAAGGUGCAGUGCUGUCCCCUCCCGAGUGUCCCCUGGAUACGGUUCUCGACCUUCACGGAUUAGCUGAGCCAGCUCCGGUGAGUACUCCCAAUUUAUUUAUCGGUCAAGAGGUUUCGAUUCUUAAGCUCCGAUUCGCUCUGUUACGUUCUCGAUCAAUUUCUCUUUGUUUCCGGCACUAUUUACCCGACGCUUACUCCGACCCUCUCUGUCUCAACCUAGCAGCCUGAGCGACCGUGCAUUCCCGUAACCACCCGCUCCCGUUCGUGCAUCCAGUUGCGUUUGCUGAUUUUGCGCGACCUCAAAGAUCAGCACCUACGGUUGGGAUUCUCGAUUUUAUGCGUCUCCAUGAAUCGACAGGGUUCGUUAAGCUACCAUCUACUCCAAUAGAUUCCGUCACAGCACUCAUUUCGGCGGAGUUGGGACUAUUUUUGCUCAAAUGCCAGGUAAUACCGGCUUGUCAGUUGCCGGUGGUACAAGGAUUGACUGGCGUCCGCCUGGUUUUCGGAUCCGUGGGCAAAGGGUGGACGGCCGAAGGCGACGUAGGUUAGUUCUUGAAGAAGGUUAGUUCUCGUUUUUUUGGCUAUCGGUGUCGAGUUAAGAAAACACGUUACAGUAUGUACAAUACGAUAUUCGAUAUCAAGAACACCUUGUCUGUAGGUGCGGUUAAUCUAAUUCGGGAAUAGCACACCUGAUACAUACGGAGGCUCCUCCCAUAUUCGGAGUCUAAGAUACCUCACCCUGUAUAUGUCAUUGAACUUCGAUCGAAUCAAUUCUCCCUGGGAGGUCAAUUCGGUUCAUCGAAUAAAGAAACUUGGAGUCGCUGCAAUAUGUAUCGUUAUUUAUAUGGCAGAGUAUACCUGUGGAUUUUUCAAUAGGGGCUUCUUUGUCUCGGACAACCCCUCGUUGGCGGGAAAGGUCAGGGCUGCACUAAGUAGCCAGACAAUUCUUUCAUUGGUUGAGAAAAUCAAUAACAGGGAUGAUCAUCCCGCUUAAGUAGGGGACGCCUCUCUAGACCAAUCCGAACACGGGUAUAGUUUACUUCGAGGGUUGUAAGAGUCUUUCCCUUCAGUUUCCGCUAAACUUGUAAACGUAUAGUAUCUUGGCUAUGAGACCAGUGCAUUGAUCAUGAAAUGUAUGAUCUGAAAUUAAAUCUUUCAAAUAUUUCAUUUACGGAGUAGCGUAUAAAUGUGACAUUGUGAUUUCAGUUGAGGUUCCUUAUUAACCAUUAACUGUUUAUCUUCACUGUAAAAUUUCUAAAAAAAAAUCUUUCAACUUAAAGUGCAUCGAGUGAUUUGGAAAGUCCGUGAAUGUAACAUGAAUAUGCCGGAAGCUAUGAAAGUGUUAACGUGGAACAAGUGGGUGCUAGAGUUUCUAGGAAUUUGGCCAUCCAACGAAAGUCUUUUUACGUUUUCCUUCUUCUUCUUUCUUGUGUCUAUGGCAACUUGUUUUGUUUAUGCGGACUUAAUUUAUCGUAUCUCCGACUUUAAAUACGUCGUUGAAAAUUUAACGGAAAAUAUCGUAUUAACCUUGCUGUGCUGUAAAAUUGGUCUCUACAGAUUGAAUAGACGAUUAAUGAAGGAAAUAUUACUUGAUAUCAAAAUGGAUUACGCAAUAGAACUGUACAACACAGAGGAACAAAAGUCUAUCUUUUUAGCAUACAACAGAUUGUCCAAGUCAUUCAUUAAAUACUCAGUAACAACAACGACCGUUGCAACGGUACUUUAUUAUAUUCAACCGUUAAUGGAUCAUGCAAACUCCCACAGAAAAUUAACAGAAAAUUCGUCGAUUACCUACAUUUUGCCUUAUCACAUGCGUAUGUCUUUCAACAUUACGGAAUCGUCGUUAUAUUAUUAUGUAUACGCUUACGAAGGAGUGCUCGUCCCGAUUAUCGCAUGCGGAUAUUCCGGCACCGAUUGUCUAUUGGUGACACUGACGCUACAUUUGUGCGCGCAGAUUUCCGUUUUAGCAAAUCAAGUGGAAAAUUUUAAUGGCGAUUUUCGUAAAUUUCAUAGUCAUCUAAAACAAGUUGUCACUAAGCAUUCUCGAAUAAUAAGUCUCUCGGUAAAGUUACGUACCGCGUUUGCUUACUUUCUGCUCGUACAAUUAGUGGGUGCAACUUUAGUAGUAUGCCUGGCUAUUUACAAUCUUCUAAAGAAUUAUGCCACAGGUCACACUGCUCAAUUAUUCGGGUUUAUCUUCUAUGGUUCUUCUGUGACUGUGCAGCUUCUCGGUUAUUCUUUUAUCGGAGAACGCCUUAUGACUGAGGUGAUGUUCCAAAAAUAAUCUUGAUCCAUUGCCUUUUAAUGAAUCGAAUAAAUUGAGAGGUGGUCAAAACGUCAAUGACUUACUUGUCGGUAUUGCGACAUUUCGUGUAAAAUGAAAAAUGAAAAUAACUAAUUGGACCUGGUGAUUGAAUUAUUGUAGCAUAAAUUGGAGUUAAAAGAUAUAGGAAUUACGCACUAUUUAUGCACUA